AUAUCUUUAAGAUUUCCAAUAAGAAAAAUGGAGUUUUGCUCGUCGGGAAGAUUGCCGUCGUUUGUGGAUGUUCUAAGAAUUCUCAAAGAUAUUCCUGACCAAAACGAUAGAGCUCGAGUUGAAAUGUGGGCGACAGAUAAGUAUCAAAAGGAGGAUGUGUUGGAGGAGAAAUUGGAACGUUUUACAAAGCUUCUGGUCAACAAGAAAUUCAAUGAAAAAACUAAAGCUGCAAAGAUCAACCCACAAAGCAAGGAAAUUGAAAAGAGGGAUGUGGAGAUUGCCCGUCUAGAAGAUGAACUACGUGUAACUAAAAUGGAAAGUGGAAAAGAUAUGGCUGCAUUACUUCGUGAUUUUGAAAAGUUUGCAAUUAGCGAUAAGGAAUCAAAACGGAUGGUUGAAGGAUGCAAGAAAAAAAUCGAGGAGCUCGAGGAGCAGAAUCGGUUUUUGACAGUUGAGAUCACCAAGUUAUUGGAUGAGAAAGAGGCGAUGUUGAAUGAAGCUAUGGAAGAUGAUGAAGAUGAAAGUAGUGAUGAUAGUGAUAUGAGCUAUGAAGAUGAAGAAGACGACAGUGAAGAUGAAGAUGAUCAUUCUAAACUUAACCUGGACGCUGACUCAGUGGUGAAAACAAUGCAGGAUAUGAUGAAGCUAUUGAUAGAAUCUGAAAAAAAAUUCUCCAUGGUGACGAAGCAAUUAAGCAUGGUUCAACAAAACAGAGAAUCUCUAAACGAGAAAUUGACUGUGGCACGUGAGAAUGUGAAAUCGGAAGCUGCAAUGAAAUCACACUUGGAACAGAAAUAUAAACGUUUGACGCUGAAAAUGAAAAACUUGGAGGCUGCCAUGACGUUGAAGCUCGAAUUAGAGAGUUUAAAAGUUUUCGAGGAGACGAAGAAAGUGAAUAAUUUGGAAGAGACACUUAACGAGAUAGUGAAUGAGCAUCUCCAGAUACAAGAAAAUCAUAGAGCAGCAAAUGCACAAAUUAAUAAAUUGGUUGAUGAGAACUCCCAAAUCGUUCAUAAAUUGGAACAGAUCGUGGCAAAGAAUAUUAAUCUUGAAAAGAAAUCCGCCGAGCUAAAUGAGAAGAUGUCUGCCCUCAAUAAAAUAAACAUAGAACUGAUGACAUCAGAGAGACUCCAAUGCGAGAAGAGAUUAAUUGUACAGGAUAAGCUGGUCAGUCAAAUGGAAAAGAACUCUGAGCUACAGGAUGAAGUGAAGUCUCUCAAUUUGAGAAUCGAGAAUCUCGGAGUUGAAGAGCUGGAGGAUGUGGGAGAGGAUCCGAGUGUUGAACAAAUCCAAGAGAGUGCAUCAGCUGAAGAUCACGAAACAAGAUCUGAAAGCAGCACGAGUUCAACUAGUUCAUUCGAGCCAAUCGAUGACGAUUUCAGUUGGUAUUACUAAAAUUAUUUAUUCUUAAACACGUUAAAAAUUGUUAUUGUUCAUAUCAUGUUGAAAUUCUAUUUGAAACCCAAAAAUUCCUAAUACCGCCAUUACCUUAUUCUAUCAAGUACAAAAUCUACCUCCAACUUUCGUCCUUCGUGUCUUCCAAAUGUAAUAAUUUCUGUAAUACUCAUUUCAUUCAAUAAAUUAAAAAUAUGU